UCCACAUCUGUCUUUUUCUGAGUUUCAUGAGCUGAUCGAUCUCAAAAUUUGUGUAUUAGAUUAUUUAUAUUCAAAAACUUGAAGCUUAAUAGUGGAUAGAGAUGGAGGAUCUGCUUAAGUUCUCUCUCUCUCUCUCUCUCUCUCUCUCUCUCUCUAUGCAUGAGUUAUAAUAUUAUUACUUGCUCUAUUUGUUUCUUCUGAGAGAUUUCAAAAAACAAAAAACACUGUCUCCAGGGUUGAAUCCAACAUGAUGAUUCUCGUAUAUAUUCAUUCAUAUAUGUUAAGCCUAGCUAUUCAAGUAUCGAUUUCUUUCUCUUUUAUCACCUAGUUUUGUUUUUUAUCUUCGGAAUUUUUGUUUGUACCCUACUCUUUUUGUAUGUAAAACCAAGAUCCAUGGUGCAUGAUGCAGAUUUUGGCGGUUUAGUUCAUUUGUUCAUUGGAUAGAAGAUGAAAGGGUUAUUGUUCCACCAACAACAGCAACAGAAACAAGUUUUCGAAGAGAACAUGUCGAAUUUGACAUCGGCUUCUGCAUCUGGUGAAGCCUGUGUUUCCUCAGGCAAUAGAAUCCAAGCUGGUUCUAAUUAUCCACAACGAUACUUGAUCACCACUCAACAACCUCAAACUCAAGCUCAGCCAGUUAAGAGAAAGAGGAAUCUACCAGGCAACCCAGACCCAGAUGCAGAAGUGAUAGCGUUGUCUCCUAAAACGCUCAUGGCGACGAAUAGAUUCGUGUGUGAUAUCUGCAACAAAGGGUUCCAAAGAGACCAGAACCUUCAGCUUCAUAGAAGAGGGCAUAAUAUGCCAUGGAAGUUAAAGCAAAGAACAAACAAAGAGGUGAGGAAGAAGGUAUACGUAUGUCCAGAAGUAAACUGUGUGCACCAUGAUCCGUCGAGAGCGCUCGGAGACUUGACCGGAAUCAAGAAACACUUUUCGAGGAAACACGGCGAGAAGAAGUGGAAAUGCGAAAAGUGUUCCAAGAAAUAUGCAGUUCAAUCGGAUUGGAAAGCUCACUCCAAGACUUGUGGCACUAGGGAAUACAGAUGUGAUUGUGGAACCCUCUUCACAAGGAGGGAUAGUUUCAUCACACAUAGAGCCUUCUGCGAUGCUUUAGCAGUGGAGAGUUCAAGGGCAAUCGAUCCACUUGUUUCCGCUUAUCAACCAGGCGAAGCCUCGUCCCACAUUAAUCUACAAGUAGCACAAUCCAAUCCCCAGGUAUUUUCGCUUAAGAAAGAGCAGCAAAGUUUCAUUCCUCCAAGGCCAGAGAUUCCUCCAUGGCUGGCUAGCCAUGCAAUGCUGGGUUCUGGUCCUGGCUCACAGCACCAUACAGACCUUUACUCCUCAUUACCAUCAAUAUUCUCCCCGAGCUUAGAUCAUCAAGAUUUAACACUUGAUGGGAAGCCCAGCCCUAACCCUAGUCUUGUGCCCACCCUCCCUCCUCCAUACCUUCAGUCCCCUCACAUGUCAGCCACUGCAUUGCUUCAGAAAGCAGCUCAUAUGGGUUCGAUCAUGAGCGGUAAAAUUGGGCCAUCAACUGUACCGGCUACUGUUGCUGGCUCGUUGAUGAGACCCCACCAACCAACUCACGUGUCUGCUGAUUCUGCUGGCACUAACAACAACACAACAACAGCUGGUUUUGGACUCGACUUGCCUUCACGUGAACAAGAACUGGAUGUGGUGGAUACUAGUACUGGUGGAUUUAUCCAUGGCUUUGAUCCUUUCGGGAACUGCAAACCUGCUUCUGCUGCCAUGGCAGGCGGAGAAGACCAUCAUCUAAUUCAUGCUGACUCAGGUGCUACUCCUUCCCUUCUCCAAGACAUGAUUAAUUCUUUGUCUUCUGCCACUGGAUUUGACGCCACUAAUUCCUUUGAUGACAUUGCAUUUGGUGUUGGUGGCAUCUUCAACACAAAGAAGAUCGAUGGGAGUUCCAUCGACGAACCUUUCUCGAAAACAACUACUCCGAUGACCACAAACGCUGCCACUCAGCUGAAUGAAGGCUUGACCAGAGAUUUCUUGGGUCUUAGACCUCUCUCUCAUGCCGAUAUUCUCGACAUCGCUGCUCCUACUAAUUACUCCAUCAACAACACUUCCCAUGAACAACGAAACCAGUCUAAGAAAACAUGGCAACUUUAGGUAUUAUAGCAACUUUUUUUUUUCC